GCACGUCGGCGGAGGCGCGCGCGGCCGGUCGUCCCGGUCGCGCGCAGGCGCGCACGGGAGCAGGUAUCGGCGGCGGCGCAGCGGGGGCCGCUGCUCGGCUCGGCCGGGGUCUGCGGAUGGCGGAGUGGCGACGGCGGCCGGCGGCGUGGCGACGGCAGCGGGCGGCGGAGCCCCGUGCAGUGGCGAGGCACGGUGCCAGGGAAGAUUGCAGAAUCAGCAUGUCUCUCUAACACUUUAAAAGACAGAAGCAGUCUCCGUCAGCCAAGAAACCAGCAAAAAUUUUUCACAAUGGAUGUAGAUGAUGAAGAAAACAUGAGUUCAAGCAGCACUGAUGUUAAAGAAAACCGCAACAUGGACAACGUUCCUCCCAAGGACGGCGGUGGGCAAGGUGCUGGGGAGGGAGCACAACUCUCCAAUGGUGGUGGCAGCAGCAGCAGAAAGCGUCCUUUGGAGGAGGGCAACAAUGGCCACUCCAAAUUUCGCCCGAAGAAGAGGAAGAAAAUGCCUGGCCCCGUUCUGCCAAAGAAUGCCCUGAUGCAACUCAAUGAGAUUAAACCUGGUUUACAGUACAAACUCCUCUCCCAGACGGGGCCAGUACAUGCCCCUAUGUUCGUGAUGGCAGUUGAAGUCAAUGGGCAGGUAUUUGAGGGGUCUGGCCCAACAAAAAAGAAAGCCAAGCUUCAUGCUGCUGAGAAGGCUCUGAGGUCUUUUGUCCAGUUUCCAAACGCCUCAGAAGCCCACCUUGCAAUGGGGAGGACUCUCUCAGUCAACACGGAUUUCACCUCCGACCAAGCAGACUUCCCUGACACCCUUUUCAAUGGGUUCGAGACACCAGUCCCUUCUGAUGCUUCCUUUUACCUAGGGUCCAAUGGGGAUGGGUCCUAUAGCUCUGGUGGGGACUACAGUUUGCCGUCGGCGGCUGUAGCCAGCAGCCUUUCGCAGUCGCCUCUCCCCAUGCCAUCAGCCUACCCCUGUGCCAGCGGGAAGAAUCCCGUCAUGAUCCUCAAUGAGCUGCGGCCAGGGCUGAAGUAUGAGUUUCUCUCGGAGAGUGGGGAGAGCCACGCCAAAAACUUUGUCAUGGCUGUGGCAGUGGAUGGUCAGACUUUUGAAGGCUCAGGAAGGAAUAAAAAGCUGGCAAAAGCUCGGGCUGCUCAGUCAGCCCUGGCGUCCUUGUUUAACAUGCAGCUGGACCAGACCCCAUCUCGACAGCCCAUUCCCAGCGAGGGGCUCCAGUUACACUUGCCACAGGUUUUAGCGGAUUCUGUUGCACGCUUGGUUGUAGACAAAUUCAGUGACUUGACGGAGAAUUUCACAUCUCCACAUGCAAGAAGAAAAGUCCUUGCUGGAGUUGUCAUGACAACAGGUACAGAUGUGAAAGAUGCCCUGGUAAUAAGUGUUUCUACAGGAACAAAAUGCAUCAAUGGUGAAUACAUGAGUGACCGUGGUCUUGCAUUAAAUGACUGCCAUGCAGAAAUUAUAUCUCGUCGGUGCCUGCUUAAAUUUCUGUAUACACAACUUGAGCUUUACCUAAGCAAUAAAGAAGAUCAGCAAAAAUCCAUUUUUAUCAAAUCGGAACGAGGCGGGUUUAAGCUGAAGGAGAAUGUGCAGUUCCAUCUCUAUAUCAGCACUUCUCCUUGCGGCGAUGCUAGGAUUUUCUCACCCCAUGAAGCAGCGCAAGAGGAUCAAGGUGACAGGCAUCCGAACCGCAAAGCCAGAGGACAGCUACGGACAAAAAUAGAAUCUGGGGAAGGGACCAUCCCCGUGCGCUCCACUACAACUAUCCAGACGUGGGAUGGUGUACUGCAAGGAGAAAGGCUACUUACCAUGUCCUGCAGUGACAAGAUAGCGAGGUGGAACGUAUUGGGUAUUCAAGGAGCCUUACUUAGCCUCUUUGUGGAGCCAAUUUACUUCUCUAGCAUCAUCUUGGGGAGUUUAUAUCAUGGGGAUCAUCUAUCCAGAGCCGUAUACCAGAGGAUAGCAGAGAUAGAAGAUCUACCAUCUCUUUAUACACUCAACAGACCUUUACUUAGUGGUAUUAGCAAUGCAGAAGCCCGUCAGCCAGGAAAAGCACCAAACUUCAGUGUGAACUGGACAGUAGGAGACACUGGUCUUGAAGUUAUUAAUGCUACAACGGGCAAAGAUGAAAUGGGUCGUGCAUCUCGCCUCUGCAAGCAUGCUUUCUACAGCCGCUGGAUGCGCAUUCAUGCCAAGCUUUCCUCCAGCUUGCGCUCAAAGAUUCUCAAGCCUAACCUGUACCACGAAACCAAGCAAGGGGCCACUGAGUAUCAAACUGCCAAAGAGUGCUUGUUUAAAGCAUUCCUGAAGGCAGGACUGGGAGCCUGGGUGGAGAAGCCCAUUGAACAGGAUCAAUUUUCUCUCACGGUCUAAUUCACAGACUCCACAUCACUUUGGAAAGGGGGUUGGGUUGUUCUGGAAAUUCCUGGUGUCCAGCAUUGCUUUCUGGCAACUCCACAGCCAUCAAAACAUCUUUUUACUCUUUGGAGUUGGUUCUUUUCCUUUGUUUUCUUUUUCUUUUUCCUUUUUUUUUUUCAGUUCCUGUUUCUGUUUUCCCCGAGUAUUGAAAAUCAAUGAUGAUUUGACACAUAAUUGUGUGUUUUGUUACGGGAAAUUAAUUUAUGGUGUAUUUCUAGAAAUACUUUUACUUUAGAAAAUUUGCAUUAAGGCUGUCCUUACAGUGUACAACGACUCAUUUUUUCUGGGUUAAAAUAAUUCAGUGUCAUCAAGUGCAUGAAGAAAUUGAAGUUUCUCUAGGUUUUACACCACACUUCUAUGAGGUAGCAUAAUUUUUUAAACAAAAAAAUAGCUGACAAAACUGAUUCUACUCUGUUAACUUGUUUUUGAACUGCAGAUAUUUCUAGCAUAUAGAAGACCACAGAGCCAGAAUGGAGUCUGGACAGCUAGUUUUUCCCCACUUCCUUGCUCUUUAAAACCAGCUGCUGAAAAUUUCAUGUCUUUGAUGUAUGUAUUUAUUAGUCUGUGACCCAGUUUUUAACAUGCAGCUUUCUAUUCUGUUUUUAAAAAUACAUUUACCUCCCAUUUACACACAUUGUGAAGUCUUCAUUUUUUUUUUUUUUAUCAUUGUAAACUGGAAACAGCAAAAUAAUUACUUUUGGGUUAAGAAGUUUAGUCUAUACGUGCAGAAACCUGUUUAAAAGUUCAUGAUUUGUAUAUCCCACGAACUCAUCGGAAUACAAUCGCAACUGUAACAGUACUAUGACAACUGAAAAAAGAAAUAAUUGCUCAUUUUAAUGGCACUAAGACUGAAUUGCCAAAACCAGUCACUUGCUGGAUAUUAAUUGCUUUCCCCUUGUAUGGACAAAAAGUUGUUAAAAAAUCUUUUGUGUGAGUUAUAUCUGCUUUCACCCAAGUUGUGUUUCUGCGAUUCCUUUGUCUUUACAUGUGUGAUCGUCUUCAUGGAGCUAAUUAGGUAAGUUGCUCUCAAACAUGCUGCUUUUGUUUGCUUUGAUGAUUACUUAGAUGAUGUUUUUCCUAAAGGUGCAGACACUUCUGCUUCAUAUAAAAAUGUAAGAUUGAAGGGAAAUAUUGAGAGAUCAGUUUGAUUAACUGGUGUAUAGAAGGCAUUUUUAAAAAUGCUUUUUAGUAUGUGAUGUUUAGGAGCAGAUGAGGCCAUGUCUGGUAUAGCUUCUCUGCUCACAUGGAGUGUGUCCAAACCCAUUCCAUGGCUCAUGCCCAUCCAGGGGUCACCUGUGCUUUCUGAAGAGCAUCUCAGAGAUUCUCUGUGUUCCCUUUGCAAAUAAUGAUAUUUUGUGACAUUGAAGUUAGCCUGUCAAACCAAAUUGGUGCACCAAUGCUCCAGCUGCUGGUUCCUGUCCCUCCACUCCUCCACCUCUUGCCUGUGCUACACAGGACAUCAGACCAGCAGGCUGGUCCAUGCUUUGAAAUUGAGUCAAGGAUUGCUUUUAGACCCACAUUGGGUCAGAGAUCCAGUUGGGAGUUGUACUCGUGCAUCUGCAGAGGCAAUGGAGUGGAGCAGAGCAUGGGUCCCUUCAGCCAGCUUCAUGGCCAAAGCCUCUGUAUCAUGAAGCUGUAUGUGGAGUUGCCAUACCUCAGCCCCAACACCUCUGGGGCAUUAGAAAAUACUUGGGGUGCUGGAGAUGUGGAUGUAAAACCACUUUUGGUCAAUCAUGAAUGCCAAGGAGAUGUAUUGCUUUGUUAUUGCUCAAAUAGGAACCAACUUUCAACUUUAGAGAAUGAUCAAGACUGAAAAUCACAUAUGUGUUAGUUUGAAGCCCCUGGGUUCAUGUUUUGGAAGCAAUGCCUUGAGGUGCAAACAAUGAUAGUGAUAUGGGUGAUAGUCAGCACUGCUAUGAGAAGCUGAGCAAAUCUGUGGCCUAGUGAUCCCCUUGGCAAAACCUGAUGCUUGCAGAGGUAACUGCCUUUUCCAGAUGCCAGAGAAACAAAUGUUGCAAGCUGUGUUAAUUCAGCUUCUUCGGUGACAUAAAGACAUCCUGUCUGCUACUCAUUAAAACCAAAAGUACUGUCAUGGCCUCUGCCAACCUGACAAGGCUUUUGUGGUCAUCAUCCAACUGAGGUUUAGACUGACUUAUCUGUAAAGAGCUUCAAUUGUAUGUGGUCAGGUGUUGCAAGCACAGGGGCAUCUGUCUUUGAGAUCAACCUUGUCUCAUUCAUGUAGAGAUUCUGUUGUGGCUGUAGUUGAGUAGGUGCAGGAUGUGAGUUUGCAGGACUGAGGGAAAGGUGGGUGCACUGUGUGUUUUCUUGAGAGGGUUACUGCUCUUAGGUGAAAUACACAUUUUUAAGGGGCUCAGUCUAUUGAUAAACAAAGACUUUUGAUAAUUUUCAGCAAAUUAUUUUUACUCUUCUUUCCGAAGUGCUCAUUCAAAAGUUAGUCUCUCUCUGGAUUAUUUUUUUUUUGAUGACUAGGAAAGUGUUAGCUCAAACUAUUUUUUUUAUGAAGUCACAAAUAUGAGCAAUAUAUUUAAGUAUUAUUAGAGACAUAGUUUUUUAAACUGUUCAGAUGAACGAUGAAAAAUUAAACUGUAAAGGAAAUGUGUUCCAUGCCAAAACCUUUUGAUGAAGGAAAGGUGUCAGGUUAUUUAUGAGGAAUGAGUUCUCUUGUUUAUAAUUCUGGGGUUUUUAAAAGCAAGAAGUUUUCCAGGGUUGUAUGCAAUCCAUAUCUGUCGUCUAGGAGUCAAUAAAAUACUGCUUGGCUUCCUUCACUUGCUUGCUCUUUUUUGUGCAGUUAAUACAUAGAAAAAAGUUGGGAGGCAGCGUUGUGAUUGCUGGUGCUCCCGCGUUCCUCGCAGCUCACCAUCGCUGAGCAGGAGCUGGUAGCGAUGUAUGCAGUUUUGAGCGACCGCAAAAGAUAAGGCAGCUCAGCUUGCAGCAGCUGCUGAGUGUUGUGGAUGACCAUGCCAUUGGGAGCUGUGAGGCUGAGCAAUCUUGUCUGAAAAGCCUGGGCUGAGUGGAUGGGAGCUGGCCUGCACAGAGACUUGCAAUGCUGCUCUGGGAGCUGCUUCAGUUCUUUUGAUUUUUUUUUUUUCUUAUUUUUGAUGGAAUACAAGUGUUUGUCUCAGGAUCUUCAAAGGACUUAGAGUAACAACUUUAAUGUUGAUGAAUACUUGAAAUCUAAUUUAAAGUGUGUUUCUGCAGCUGACAGUCUAGCUAUAAUAAAGUUUGUAGGUUAGCAAAAUAAUUAUAAAUAUAGGUGUGUGAAAUAUAUAUGUUCUGCAGGGUCAUGUUAAGAAAAUUUGGGCUUAAAGGUUAACACUUGAAAUAUUGGUUAUGGCUGUACUCAGGACCUGGUAAUAACUAUAGAUUAUUUCUUACUGCUUGUGUGUGAAGCGUAUUGUGUGUAGGAGCUCGUUAGCACCUGUCCUCCCCCAACGCUGUGGAUGUCCACAUAGCUCUGCGCUUGCAGCCCCCUCUCACCCUCGUGUAGCUAGUGAUGGUAGUCGUGACUCUGCGUGCCUAGGAAUGCACAGCAGCAGGGUUUCUGUACAGUUGCGAUUUUAAUCUUCUCCUAAUCUUAGAGAAAUCUUUUCAUGGCUGGUUAUGCAUAGGAAACUCAGGAGUAGAAGAUUUUUGUGUGCUAUUACUGUGUACAUCCUAUAAAUAGAAAAUAACUUGCAGCUGAAAGUCUAAGGAUCUUAGAGCUGGUGCUGCACUUCAUCAGUCCGGUUCUGUGAUGUCUAAGAGUGCCAUUGACCCAAGGGAAGAAAAUAAAUUUCACCUUGCUCUCUCAGUGAAAACAUCCAUGAAAUAAAGCUGUUGGUUCAGAGUGCCUGGUAGCAUGCAGCAGAGUGUGCCUCUUAUGGAAGAGUAGUGCUGCCUUUUGAAACCAAGCUGUCUUCUUAAAAAAAAAACCAACCAAACAGUAACUGAGGAUCAAAUCUAAGAAUUGUCUGGUUGCAGUCACUACAUAAUUGAGAUUAUUUUUUUUUUUCAGUAUCAAUGGUUUACUAAAUAGUGAAGGCUUAUUGCCAUUCCUUAAACUAGGCUUUAAUGCUUGGGAGGCUCAUGCUUGUGAGGAAGCUUCACUUUGAAUUCUUUUCUUACCAUUGUAAAAUGUCCACUGUGAAAAUUAUCCCAAAGAUUACUGGAAAAGAAGAAGAGCUGCAGUUCAGGUAUGCAGUCAGAACAGAAGUGUCUAGUGUUAUUGAAAACAUAAGAACCCACAGAA